AUGGUUGCCCUGGGUAUCACCAUUACCCUGCUGGUGUAGGUGGCCACCCUCCUGCUCAUCUCUAUCUGGAAGCAGAUCUACAGCAGCUGGAAGCUACCCCCUGGCCCUUUCCCACUUCCAAUCAUCGGGGAUAUUCUCCAGCUGGACCUUAAGAACAUUCCUAAAUCCUUCACCAGGCUCGCACAGCGGUACGGGCCGGUGUUCUCGCUGUACCUGUGCGGCCGGCGCUUCGUGGUCGUGCACGGCUACAAGGCCGUGAGAGAGGUCCUGCUCCAACACAAGAACGAGUUUUCCGGACGAGGACGUAAUCCUUCCUUCGACGCCCACAAGAACCAUGGAAUCAUUUUCAAUAAUGGGCCCACCUGGAAAGAUACUCGGCGUUUUUCCCUCACCAUCCUGCGGAACUACGGGAUGGGGAAGGAGGGCAAUGAGCAGCGGAUCCAGAGGGAGGCUCACUUCCUGCUGGAGGAACUCAGGAAGACUCAGGGCCAACCCUUUGACCCCACCUUCAUUAUCAGCGCUGCGAACUGCAACGUCAUCUCCGACAUCAUCUUCCGCAAGCACUUCGACUACGGUGACAAGAAGUUACUGAGGCUGUUGAACAUGUUCAAUGAGAACUUCUAUCUGCUAAGCACUCCCUGGCUCCAGCUUUAUUAUUAUUUUGCAUCCUAUCUAUGCUACAUGCCUGGGAGCCACAGGAGGGUCCUGAAGAACGUGUCUGAAAUCAAGCAGUACUCGUCAGAGCAGGUGAUGGAGCACUACAUGUCGCUGGACCCCAACUGCCCCCGGGAUUUCAUCGACUGCCUUCUCAUUGAGAUGGAAAAGGUAAAGCAAAGUGCAGAGCCUAGGGACAUGUUGGACAACAUUGCUGUGACCAUGGCUGACCUGUUAUUUGCGGGGACAGAGACCACAAGCACCACCUUGAGAUACGGGCUCCUGAUCCUCAUGAAGUAUCCGGAGAUUGAAAAGAAACUUCAUGAAGAAAUUGACAGGGUGAUUGGGCCAAGCCGAAUGCCUGCCAUCAAGGAUAGGCUAGAGAUGCCCUACAUGGAUGCCGUGGUGCAUGAGAUUCAGCGAUUCAUCAACCUCGUGCCCUCAAAUUUGCCCCAUGAAGCGACUCGGGACACGAUGUUCAGAGGAUAUGCCAUCCCCAAGGGCACGGUUGUAAUUCCAACUCUGGACUCCCUCUUGUAUGAUGACCAAGAGUUCCCUGAUCCAGAAAAGUUUAAACCAGAGCACUUUCUAAAUGAGAAUGGAAAGUUCAAGUACAGCGACUACUUCAAAGCAUUCUCUGCAGGAAAACGGGUGUGUGUCGGAGAAGGCCUGGCUCGCAUGGAACUGUUCCUCUUCUUAUCUGCCAUUUUGCAGCAUUUUAAUUUGAAGUCUCUUGUUGACCCAAAAGACAUUGAUCUCAACCCCAUUAUGACUGGGUUUGGUAGCAUCCCACCACAUUACAAACUCUGUCUCAUCCCUCACUCAUGA